AUGGAUACCGACACUGUUGUCUGGACCACCGACAAGGUCCGGAGUACCUUUAUCGACUUUUUCGAACAGGAACCGCGAUCACACACGUUCCAACGCAGUUCAGCCUGUGCCCCGCUCAACGAUCCGACGCUUUUAUUCACCAACGCCGGAAUGAAUCAGUUCAAGCCCGUCUUUUUGGGACAAGUCGAUCCCAAUUCGCCCCUCGCCAAUGUACAAAGAGCCGUCAAUAGUCAAAAGUGCAUUCGAGCCGGUGGUAAGCACAACGACUUGGAAGACGUGGGACGGGACACCUACCAUCACACGUUUUUCGAAAUGCUAGGAUCCUGGUCUUUCGGUGACUACUUUAAGAAAGAGGCCAUUGACUACGCCUGGCAAUUGCUCACCGAAGUUUAUCGCCUCGAUCCCGAUCGAUUGUACGCCACAUACUUUCAGGGUGACGACGCCCUCGGACUCGCACCGGAUUUCGAAGCCCGUGAUUUGUGGCUCCGUUACUUGCCGGCAGCGCGGGUCAUUGGCUGCGACGUCCGCGACAACUUUUGGGAAAUGGGAGAAGUCGGACCCUGUGGACCCUGCAGCGAAAUUCACUACGAUCGCAUCGGCAACCGCGACGCGGCCGCCUUCGUCAACGCCGACGACCCGCAAGUCAUCGAAAUAUGGAACAUUGUCUUUAUUCAGUACAAUCGGGAACCGGAUAAACUGCAAACUCUCCCGGCAAAGCACAUUGAUACCGGUAUGGGACUAGAACGACUCGUGUCUAUUUUACAAAACAAGGAUUCCAACUACGAUAUCGACGUCUUUCAACCACUCUUUGCCAAACUCGCCACGCACACGGACCGGGGACCCUACACCGGCCGGGUCGGCACAGACGACGUCGAUUUAAAGGACACGGCCUAUCGCGCCAUUGCCGAUCACGCCCGGACCCUCGCCUUUGCCAUUGCCGACGGCGCCGUCCCCAACAAUGAAGGACGCGGCUACGUCCUGCGACGCAUCCUCCGACGGGCGACCCGAUACGGACAACAAAUUUUGCACUGCGCACCCGGAUUCUUCGCCACGCUCAUUCCCGUUGUUGUAGAAACCUUUGGAGAAACGUAUCCGGAACUACGAGCGGCCGAAUCUACCAUUCUCGAAAUCGUUCAGGAAGAAGAACAAGCCUUUGGUGACAUGCUCGAUCGUGGUAUCAAGUUUUUUACCGAACUGGAAGGAGAACUCAAGGAAAAUAAGGUUCUGGAAAUAUCAGGAGAAAAAGCAUUCUUCAUGUAUGAUACCCUUGGUUUUCCAGUUGACUUGACCGAACUAAUGGCCCAAGAAGCCGGCUUGUCGGUGGACAUGGCUGGCUUUGCCAACGCCAUGGAAACGCAAAAGACUCGAUCCCGGCAGGCUCAAAAGACGGCUCGCGCUGGAAAUGCACCCGUCCUCGAACUUGUGGCCGAACAGACGGCCUGGUUGGUGGACCAAAAUGUUUUGCCCACCGACGAUGGGUUCAAGUACAAGUGGGACGUUCAGUUGCCGGCCACUGUCAUGGCCCUGUACGGGAAGGACGGCUUUUUGACCGGUGACUCCACCGCAGACCAAGGCGACUUUGUCGGUAUUGUGCUCGACAAAUCUUCUUUUUAUGCCGAAGCAGGGGGGCAGGAGGCUGAUGUGGGCACGUUGGAGUUUUUGGACGAAGCCGGCACCAUUACGGGUCGAUUUACCGUGACGGAUGUUCAAGUAUACGCCGGAUUCUUGUUACACAAGGGCGCCGUGGAAGAAGGUUCCAUUGCCGUAGACCAAGCAGUGAAUUGCAAGGUUGACUACGAGCGCCGGCGUAUGAUUGCGCCAAAUCAUUCCAUGACGCACGUUCUGAACGCGGCCCUGCGCAACGUGUUGGGCGAAAAGUGCGAUCAGCGUGGUUCGCUUUGCAACAACGAAAAGUUACGCUUCGACUUUGCCCACAAAAGAGCCAUGACAAUGCUAGAAAUCAAAGCAGUUGAAGAAUUUUGCCAGAAGAGCGUCGCUGACGCCCAGCCUGUCAAAUCCAAAGUGAUGUCCUUGGCCGAUGCCCAAGCUAUUGACGGUGUCCGUGCCGUCUUUGGUGAAGUUUAUCCCGAUCCGGUCCGAGUCAUUGCCAUUGGCGACAGUAGUUCGGUUGAGUUUUGCGGUGGGACACAUUUGGAAAAUACAGCCGAGGCGGAAGCCUUUGUUUUGGUGGAAGAAACUGCCGUCGCCAAGGGUAUUCGUCGUGUGACAGCCGUAACCAAGGAUGCCGCGAAGCGAGCUCUGGCCGGAGGAGUCAAAUUUCAAGCAUUGGUCGACAAAAUUGAACAACUACCAGCUACGACGUCUGGAUUAUACAAACAGGCUGGGUCAGCGCGGAAAGAUUUGGAUGCGGCGUUUGUUUCCGCUGUACUCAAGGCAGAGCUACGAACAAGACUAGAAGCCAUUCAAAAGAAAGCCAAUGACGCGGCCAAGAAAGCAUUACAGCAGCGUGUGGAUUUGGUACUGAACGAUGUGAAAAAGGAUGUGGCGGUAGCAUUGGAAGAAAAAAUGCAAACGCUGGUACUUAAUGUGGACAUUGCGGCCGACUCCAAGGCCUCGCAGCGUGUCAUGAAUACGGUCAAGGAAAUCGCCCCGGAGAUGGCCUUUUUGGGCGUGAGUGAGGCCGAAAGCGGAAGUGGUGGCAAGAUAAUGGCGUUUGCUGUAGUGCCCGACAGGCUAAUGGAAGAAUUCGAUCUCAGGGCGGACGAAUGGAUUCGUGCGACACUGGAAUCUUGUGGUGGACGCGGCGGGGGCAAACCCGGCAGCGCACAAGGGCAGGCUCAGGAUUGUGCAGACGUUUCCGGUGUUAUGGAUGCUGCGAACGCAUUUGCGUCGUCCAAAGUCCAAAGCAAAACCUUAUAA